AUGCAGAGCGACGGGGAUGAAAAAAAAAACAAAGAAUGGGCUAAUUCCUGUCACCACACUCGACCCGCCAGCUCCGGAAAUCUUGUUGAAACUUAUUUCUUGCAAAUGCAAAAAGGGAUAUCGGGGAGCCUGGAGGAAUGCAGGAAGGCUGGAUUGAAGUGCUUAUGUGAGAAUUUGCAAUUUUCACUACAAGAUAGCGAUGAAAAGGAAGAAACGGACACCGUUUUCGAGCGAACCUAUGACGAAAUCGAGGAAGAAGUUGAUAACUUCGAAGCUGGGUUAUCAGCUUCGAUCACAGAUAACAUGGAAGAAAUUUCUGUCUGUGGCGUUUUGCUCGGGUCUGAAGACGAUGAACUCGCAAAACCUGACAAACAUCCAGUUCUGCCGAAGCGGUUUUCUGCGCCGUUGUCCGCUUCUCGAUUAGCGGACGAGAAAGGAAAUGGACAAAGAUCCGGCAGGGCAAGGGUGGAAAUUGUGCCCUUUGGUCUCUGCGACUCGCCAGAUGGACUCAUUAGGAGGGCAAUCGAUGACCUGACCAGCUGCCCGCUCUCGCACACUCCUCCACACAAAUAA